AUGUCCCGAUUACUCAGAAAAAGAUACGCCAAAGUAUUUCAUAAGCCAGGGAGUGGGGGUUUACUCGAUUUACCCUUUCAAAGACCUGUGGAAGCCUGCAGAAAGUUCACUAGUUCAGUGAUAGAAUCUGUCAUUAGCAACAUUACCUCCAAGAUAUCCAACCUUGAUUUGGCUCGUUUAUUCACCAAUACGUUCCCUAAUACGCUCGAUACAACUAUUGGAAGUACAGCAUGCAUGUCGAGUCUUGCAACUGACUGUCAUCCACUGUCCUACAUUAUCACGGGCGACAUUAAUGCCAUGUGGAUACGAGAUUCGGCCAAUCAAAUCUUGCCUUACAUUGACUAUAUUCAACACGAUCCACAAUUAAAGCGCUUGUUUUUGGGUACCAUUUAUAUGCAAGCUCAUUUCUUUACGAUUGAUCCUUAUGCCAAUGCAUUUAAAGAACCUACAAAUAUUGAGGCCCUAUCCAAAUCCCAUGUGAUUGGAAAAAGAUCCGUAGAUUUAAUGGAUGGAGUCUUUGAGAGGAAAUAUGAAAUUGAUUCAUUUGCAUCAUUCAUGGGAUUGUCCUAUCAGUACUGGGUUGCUUCAGGUGAUGAUUCCUUUGUACAAAGUUCGGUAUGGAUUGAUGCUGUCGACACGAUUUUAUCCACCAUUCGUAAGCAACAAGACCCUACAUUUAAUAUAACCUCUGGAGAGGUACUGGAUACAGACUAUUUAUUUUCUCAACAAGCGGAUAGACCUACAGAAACACAAUUCUUAAAUGGACGAGGACAGGCAGUGAAACACACGGGUAUGGUCAAGAGUUUAUUUAGACCGUCGGAUGAUGCUACUGUCUUUCCCUUUUUUAUACCUGGUAAUGCCAUGUUGUCUGUUGAACUGGGCCAUUUAUCUCUGCUUUUGGAGAGAUCUUCGGGCGGGAAAAAAAUGGCGUCGGAAGCUGCUGCUAUCUCCAAAGAAAUCAAAGAUGGUAUUUACAAGUAUGGUUUAACCAAUCAUCCAACCUACGGAAAAAUAUUUGCAUACGAAGUAGACGGAUAUGGCUCAGCAUUAAUCAUGGAUGAUGCCAAUAUACCCUCCUUAUUAUCACUCAGUCUGCUUGGUUUCUUACCUCAAAACGAUACUAUUUAUCAAAACACGCGUAAAUUAGUCCUCUCCAAUGACAAUCCUUAUUAUUUCUCAGGGCCCCGUGGAUCAGGCAUUGGUGGACCCCAUGUUGGUUUAGGUUAUGCAUGGCCCAUGUCACAAAUAGUUCGAAUUCUCACCUCGGAUCAAGAUGAGGAGAUUACACAAGCGCUUAACAUUAUUAUGUCAUCUACGGAUAAAACAGGCCUGAUCCAUGAGUCUGUCAAUGUAUAUCCUUCACAGAAUGCAGACCAAUCCUAUACACGAUCUUGGUUUUCGUGGGCCAAUGGAUUAUUCGGUCAAGCCGUCUUAAAAAUUAUGGAAGAGAGACCUCAUUUACUCAUCUCCCCCACUAAAUAA